UGAGUGUUUCUCUUUUCUGAGUGUCAAAGCUGUUACUUGUUUUUCUGGACUGUGUUUCAAUUGGCGACGGAUCUCAGCUCUAAUGGUCAUUUUCAAAAGUGAAAGCUAAUGGAAAAUCUAACAAUGGCAGUUAAUGACAGCGUGUGUACUGUGGACUCCGAGUUCAGAUACCCCCUCUUCUCAGUAUUCUACAGCCUGGUCUUCAUUGUUGGGCUGGUGGCCAACUGCUACGUGCUCUGGUUAUUCACCCAUGUUUAUAAAAUGAAGAGAAUGAGCGCGAUCAAGAUCUAUAUGAUCAACCUGACUGUAGCUGACCUUCUCUUCAUUAUGACUCUACCACUGUGGAUUAUCUAUUACCACCAGAACGGGGACUGGACCCUAAACCCGUUCCUCUGCAAUCUAUCUGGCUCCCUCUUCUUCGUCAACACCUACUGCUCCAUAGCCUUCUUAGCAGUGAUCAGCUUCAACCGUUACCAGGCUGUGACCAAACCCCUGGAGACUGCUCAAUCAAGCCUGCGGAGGUGUGGGGUGAUGAUCUCAGUGGUCAUCUGGGUCAUCAUUGGGGCUAGCGCAAGCCCAUAUCUCUUCAUGGAUGGCCUGAACAAAGUCAAUAACAAGACGCGUUGCUUUGAGGGCUACAAACCCGAAGACACCAACUCCAACCAAGUGGUGGCCAUUACCCAUUUACUCAUUGUUGCCUCCUUCUUCCUGGUUUUCAUCCUCAUCCUUGUGUGCAACCUGCAGAUCAUAAGGACCCUCCGCAUUCAGUCCGUGCAGCUGCGAGUUCCCAAAAAUGGGGACGUCAAACAGCGGGCCCUGUGGAUGGUGUGCGCCGUGCUGGGGGUGUUUAUCAUCUGCUUCGUCCCCCACCACUUGAUCGAUGGUCCCUGGACCAUGGCGGUCUUGGGACUCUGGAGGAGAGGGGACUGUGAUCUCCUGCAGACCCUCAACGAUGCCCAUCAGGUCACCCUCUGCCUGGCGGGCCUCAACUGUAUCCUCGACCCCAUCCUCUACUGCUUUGCAACCAAGAAGUUCCGUCGGCAUCUCUCAGGCAAGUUUCAGAUGAUAACGGGCAGAAGAAAGAGUUCCAGGAGCAUUACAGAGAUUGGCCUGACAAUGGAGUUAUAGGUCAAUAGACUUUUUUAAAGUGUAGUUCACUUUUGAAUCAUUUUUUUUUUUAAAUAAGACAAUAUUUCAGCAACAAUAUGCUCUUCAGCCAACCAGAUCACUUCGUUUUCAUAGGAUAUGUCACGAUACAUUACAGCUUUUGAUUUCUGUAGUGUAUAAAAUGGAAGAAGUUGAAAAAAAAAAAAAUUCCAUCACUAUGGCAACCAUGAAAACUAACACAGAAGAGAGCAAAAGGAUGUAAACAGAACCCAUUUAAGGUAGUUUUCUAUAAAGUAAUUCCUUAAAUGGACAAACAGAAGUGCAGGUCAGAACGUUUAGCUCCUCGUACACUAAUUAUCGUUUAAUGACAAUCUUUUUAGUUCAAUAAAAUAUGAAGUCAACUGGUGCAUUAGCAACCUACCAGAACAUUAACACUGUCAACCAAUCAUCUGACUUUCCUGACCCUGGAUGAGGAUAAGGACCAUCAUCCAUUUUUUCAUCAUCAAAGAUACAUGAUUUCUGUAGGCACGAUUUACAGCAUUUCUAUUUGUCCAUUUAAGGAAAUUAAUUCUGUCCCUUUGUGUGUGCAUUAUCAGUGAUUUUUAGGAUUGUGGUUGUUGACCAGUUUCCUUUUUUGGGGGUUUCAGUUCAGCAAAUCUCUUGGGAGUAAUUUCCUGCUGAAGAACAAAUACAGGAUGUUAAUAAAAUGACACUUACAUCAACCCUUGUUUAUGAUGGUAUUUUGUUGAUACAGUAAAACCUCACAAGGAUCAGAAAGACUAGCUCAUAGUCUGGACGUCGUCGGUUCGAGUCCAGGCUAUUCCUUUGCCGAGCGAGGAUGGGAGCUCCCAGGGGGCGGCACACAAUUGGCAAUAAACACUUUAAACACUGGCAUGUCAAUCCGAACUGCAAGGGUGUUAAUUACAUUCAUUUACAACACUAUUCUCCCCAUGCAUUGCCCUUCACAUUCCACAGUUACAUUGGUGUGUCUCAAUAUCUCAUGGGAGGAUUGGGAGCUUCUCUCUUUGGUACAUUCAUCCUCUGUCUGUGCCAAUGGAUUGAUACAAGUUCAGAUUUGACAUUGCAUCCAUUUAUGUAAGGCUAAAUUGGCUAAGACCAACUUGUAACAGAUGCAAUUACUCUUAUAAAAGUUUUACACUGAAUUUGUGCACAGUAUUUUUGCAGUUUUACCAUGCUAUACUAUACAUUUACUA